AUGACGUACGGCUAUUCCUACAACGGGUCCUACGGCGGCGUCUCCUACAGUGGGUCGUACGAAUAUGGAUAUGGAGGUGCGCAGUGCGGCGGAGGCUGUGAAGAUGUGUUCUGCGAGGAGGAUCCUGCAGGGCGCCUUUACGAUGAGCGUUGGGUACAUGUUGGGCGAGGCCGUGGGGAGUAUGACCAGGUGAGUUCCAUGCAGCACGUGGGGCAAGGCCGAGGAGAGUUCACCAAGGAGAAGUAUGUGGCACGUCCGGGAGGCAUGCGUUGCCGCAUUUUUUGCAUUGUCUCGCUGUGCUUGAUGCUGUUGCUGGUGAUUGGGCUUUUGAUCUACUAUGUGUCGCUCCGGGGCCAGUGGCAUGAUUCCCCGUGCUGGAAUUACGCCACGGUGAUGAGUCAGGGCAUGUCUGCGAUGUGUUGCCAGCAGGGCUACGCCUCCUUUUGCUUGGCUGCCUCACCACCGGUGGCAACACCAGCACCAGAGAAAACCGUUAUACAUGAGCAGCAUAUUACGAAGGUCGUUGACGUACCUGUGCCUCAUGUCGUGCCUGUGCCACUGCCACCACCCCCACGCAAGGUGAUCAACCACAAGGUCUACGUCCAUAGUCAUGCCUACGACUGUGAGAAGGGCUCCAAUGACUGGAAGAACUUGUGGUCAGGAUCUCAUCAACGCUACUGCUGCUACCUCAAAGACAUCGCAUGCAGCAAGAAGAUUGAGGUGCACAACCACUACCACACCAUCACGAAGGUGAAGCCCGUGGCAAUGCCCGUGCGCAUCGCCGUGCCUGCACCGCCCCCGAAGGUGGUGACACACUUCGUCAACGAUCCGAUUCAUGAUCCACCGCAAGUGAUCAAGGUCCCCGAGCCUGGUCCCGCGCAUGUGGUGCCAAAGUAUGUCCACCAGAAGGUCUACAAACCAGUGCCCGUGCAGAGCCCUCCGCAGUAUCACACCGUCCCAGUCCCUGUUCCAGUGCACGAUCCCGGCCGAGUGAUCCCCCUGAAGGUCCAAAUGCCACCGAAGACCGUGGUGCGCCACAAGGUCAUCUACAAGACCAAACAUGUCCAGGUGAAACACAUUUACGACUGCGCUGCUGGAUUCGACAAUUGGAACUUUGGUUGGUCCUCUGCCAAGAAAGGGGGUGCCCAGGUACCUGGACUGGAGCUGGCAAAACCAAGGCAUUUACUACCCACGUGA